AUGGACUCGCACAAUUUCCGAGCCAUGCUUGCUGUGAACUUUGAAGAUUAUGACAAACAAACGGUUCGGAUCAGACCUAUUUUGAGGCUCAUCGGUCAUGGGAUAUUUACCAAGGAUGGACCGGCCUGGAAACAUUCACGCGAUACGCUGAAACCCUUGUUCUUGCGCGCAGAACUGAGCGACGUCGAUCGCUUCAAGAAACAUGUUGACCGCAUGCUUUCCUUGAUACCCCGGGAUGGAAGCACUGUUGAUUUGAAGCCACUUGUGUGCAAGCUAUUUCUGGAUAGUGGGACGGAAUUCGUUUUUGGGAAGUCGUUCGACUCGUUAGAUGAGAAUGCCGCCCAAGGAGACGAGUUGAUGGAAGCUUUCUCUCAGGCCUUGAUAGGUACGACCAAACGCCGACAUGCCUUUGUGGAACUUGGAUCUCUAUUCAAUGACACGGUAGAUGAGAACAUCGACAAGAUCCAUGCCUUUGUGGAUCGUCAAGUUUCCCGUGCACUAGCAGCAGGCGCCCAGUCAAACACGGCAGACGGGAAGAAAAGUAGCGGCCAGUCAAGAUGGCAUUACGUGCUCCUUGAUGAAUUGGCAAAGCAUGUCCGGGACCCAGUGACGCUACGAUACGAGAUGAUGAACAUCUUCUUGCCAGCGUUUGAAAGCACUGCGGUUGUGCUCUCAAAUACGCUCUUUCAUCUUGCUCGCAAUUCAGACCUCUGGGCAGAGCUUCGAAAGCAGGCAGUUGCACUGGGAGAUCAAGAGUUGAGCUUUGAGCUCCUGAGGUCGCUCUCCUUGUUCCGAUACACGGUGCUGGAGGCUCUGCGGCUGCACGGAUCAUCCGGCCGAAUAAGCCGCACGGCGAUUCGUGACACCGUCCUUCCUCGAGGCGGAGGGCCGCAAGGUCGCAGUCCCGUGUUCGUAUCCAAAGGCACGGUGGUGUCGCUUGACUUUUACGCCCAUCUUCACGAUGCCGAAAUCUGGGGUCAUGAUGCCAAUGAGUUUCGGCCAAGUCGAUUCGAGGGUAAAGCGCCGAAGUGGGAAUUUGUGCCAUUUUCAGGCGGCCCCAGGAUAUGUCCUGCCCAGCAGCAGGUCAUGACACAGUCUAUUUACCUGUUGGUCAGACUAGCACAGGAAUUUGCCGUGAUGGAAAACCGCGAUCUGUGUGUCGAGUUCGUGGAGAGAGUCAAGAUUUUCACGGAAAGCGCGCGGGGCGUCAAGGUGGCCCUGCAUGAGACACGGCCCAUCAGUAGCUGCAUGUAG